AUGAAAUCUCAAGCAGUACUUCGCCUCUGCUAUUCAGCUGCUCGUCAAAAUUCAGCUGUUUGUACGACAGCAUAUCAGUCACGCCGUUGGAUUAGUUUACAUGAAUAUCAAAGCAAGAAAAUUUUAAAUGAUAAUAACCUCAAUGUACAACGUUUUCAAGUUGUUGACAAUGCACAAGAUGCUAAACGUGCAGGAGAAGAAUUAAUGAAAACAAUUGCUAAAGAAUUAGUUAUUAAAGCGCAAAUUUUAGCUGGUGGCCGCGGUAAAGGUACAUUCGAUAGUGGAUUAAAAGGUGGUGUUAAACUUACCAAAGAUCCUGUUGAAUGUGGUAAUCUUGUAAAACAAAUGGUUAAAUAUCGUCUCGUAACAAAACAAACUCCACCAGAAGGUGUUGAAGUACAAAAGGUUAUGGUCGCUGAAGCUUUGGAUAUCGCACGUGAAACUUAUUUAGCUAUUUUACUUGAUCGUGCAUAUGGCGGCGCUGUAUUGAUGGGUUCACCAAUGGGUGGUGUUGAUAUUGAGGAAGUAGCAGAAAAACAUCCCGAUCAAAUUUUUACCACCGCCAUUGACCCUGUGACUGGCAUGAAGAAAGAACAAGCUUUAGAUAUGGCUAAGAAACUUGGAUUUAAAGACAAAUUAGCGAAUGAAGCCGCAGAUCAGAUUCUCAAAUUAUACAAAUUAUUUUUAAAAUAUGAUUGUACACAAAUAGAAAUCAAUCCAUUCGGUGAAACACCAGACAAACGAGUUAUCAAUUUCGAUGCUAAAUUAAGUUUUGAUGAUAACGCUAAAUUUCGUCAAAAACCUGUCUUUGAUAUGGAAGAUACAGCUGAAAGUGAUCCACGCGAAGUUGAAGCUACUAAUGCAGGUUUAAAUUACAUCGGUUUACAUGGAAAUAUUGGUUGUCUUGUUAAUGGUGCUGGUUUAGCUAUGGCUACAAUGGAUAUUAUUAAAUUAUACGGAGGACAACCAGCUAAUUUUCUUGAUGUUGGAGGUGGUGUCAAAGAAGAACAAGUACUUGAUGCUUUUAAAAUUCUUUUUAGCGAUACUCAAGUCAAAGCUGUACUUGUUAAUAUAUUUGGUGGUAUUGUCAAUUGUGCUAUAAUUGCCAAUGGAAUUGAAAAAGCUUGUAAAAAACUUGGUUUGAAAAUUCCACUUGUUGUUCGUCUUCAAGGAACAAAUAUGGAAGAAGCUCGUCGUAUACUUAAUCAAAGUUCAUUUCCUAUAACCGCUGAAAAUGACUUUGAAAAAGCUGCCCAAAAAGUCGUAUCAUUAGUGAAGAAUAGCAAAUAA